AUGAAAUUAGCGAAAUUAAUGAGUGCAUUAGCGCAACAUUUUCACACAUGUUUGCAAACACAAAAGUCCUUUACACUAAUGGACAAUCCACAUUUAAGUCAAGAAAUUCAUUUGGCUAUAGUUAUGGAAUAUUUUAGUUAUAUAGUACCUAUUUGUAAUCAAUUGUUUCAAUUGUAUCGUGAUUUCAAAGCACGAUCCUUCGUGUUACAAUUUUUACCAACAUUUUUAUCAACAUAUUAUAAUGUACUCUAUGAAAAAGAUGAUGAAACAAAGGGUGUUGUUAAUGAUACUGUCGAUGGAAAAACUUAUGAAUGUCGUGUACCAAAUUUGGCAUUGCCAUCCGUUUAUCAUGUACCACACCCAGAUCAAUAUGCUCCCAUACCGUUAACACAAACUGCUAUAUCAAAACAUGAAAAUAUUUGUGAAAUGAUUCGUUUACAAACAUUUAUACCAUUUGAUUCUGCUAAUGCUACUACAAGAGAACAGAUCAUGUGGUUCUUACUAAUACAGUAUGGUAUGAAUAUAUCAUUAAUGGAUGAUUGUUCACGACAUGCCUAUUUUUCAAUGUGUAAAAAACUAAUCGGGCAAGGUUUUAAUUUUGAUGAUGGUAUUCCUAAAACAUCAUCAAAUGAAGAAAAACUACAACAACAAACUCAAUCGUUAUUACCAUCAACUGGAAGACGUAUAACAAUUUCAAGUCGUAUUAUGAGAGAAAUACUUGGAACACUUUACUAUUUUAAAACAAAUUCUUCAGAUAAAGAAGCCGGUGAAUGUAUGAGAUUAUUAAAACAUCGUGCAGAUUAUGAAAUGUUUCCAGAUGUUAUAUUGAUGACUGAAGCCAUGUCAUAUCUUCAUGAAUUUGAAACACAACGUUAUGAAAAUAAUAAUACAAUGGGAAUUCCGACUGAACUUCCACCAACCGUUGAUGUUGUUAAACAAAAACGAACAGCAACCACUGCUAGAUCAAUGAAAAUUAGACAAAAACAUCAUCAUAAAACAGCAGUAACAAACACGUCACUCUCUCCAGCUGAAGACGAAGAGUCUCAACAAGAUACAUCCAUCGAUAACAUGAAAACAGAGACUAUUAGUUACUUAAAUUUUGUUCCCGUUCCAUCUACAGCGUCUGCCAGAAAAAUAAAAUUGAAUUUAUUUCCGUCAAGCACAAUAACAAAUCCUAUAAAAACUCUAUCAUCAACACAAACGAAUAAAAUAUUCUCGCCAAAAAAUGAUUAUGUUGUUGCAUCCGAUAGUAAUAAUAACAAUGAUAUACAUCCAUUAUCUAGACAAACAACGAGAAUGUUACCUCCACAACAAACCAUUCAAAUAACAUCAUCAAUUGAUCUAGGAAAAGACAACUCAUCACCAAAAACAAUACAAAGAAUAAAACCAUUAUCAUUAAUAUCCAGUCAACAGUAUUACAAUUCACUUCAACAACAACAAUUUAAAGAAAAAUCAGCAAUAAUUCCUUUACAACAAAGUGUACAUGAGUCAGAUACUGAUAAUGAAAAUAACAAUGAUAUUAUUGUAAAAAAGCAUAUAAACAUUGAUACAGAUAAAAAUUAA